GUGCCGGGGCGUGGCCCAAUGCGCUGUGUUGACGUCACUUGUGCUCUGCUGCAGGAGCCGGUGUAAGGGCAAGGACCGGGGAUUACCUGUACUACUGGAACGGUAUGCUGCACGUGGCUGGCAGGUGGGGGUGAACAUUGAACACUCAGGCUAUGGCAGGAGACUGUUAGUGUGCUUUGACAAAAGUUCAUGGUGACCCUAGUGAAGAUGGGAGCACUUACAAGCCGGCAGCAUGCUGGAGUGGAGGAAGUGGAUAUGCCCUCCAAUGCCAUCUACAGAUAUCCACCCAAAUCUGGUAGCUACUUUGAUACUCAUUUUAUUAUGGGAGGAGAGAAGUUUGACUCCAGCCACCCUGAAGGUUACCUGUUUGGAGAGAACAGCGACCUGAACUUCCUCGGGAGCCGUCCUGUCACAUUCCCGUAUGCUGCCCCUUCACCGCAGGAGCCAGUAAAGACGCUGCGCAGCCUUAUCAACAUCCGUAAGGACACGCUUCGCCUUGUCAGGUGCACAGAGGAGGUCAAGACCUGCGGGGUGGAAGGCAGCCGCCCUAAGGUGCAUUACAACGUGGAGUUCACCUUUGACUCAGAUGCUAGAGUUGCGAUCACUAUCUACUAUCAAGCAGCGGAGGAGUUCCAGGGAGGCAUUGCCAGCUACCUGCCUAAGUCCAGCAAUCUGCAAUCAGAGACUGUACACUUCAAAAGGGGUGUCAGCCAGCAAUUCUGCCUUCCCUCCCACACGGUGGAUCCUUCAGAGUGGAGAGAAGAGGAGCUGGCUUUUGACCUCGAUAGAGAAAUGUAUCCUAUGGUUGUUCAAGCGGUGGUGGAAGAGGGGGAAGAACAUCUGGGACACUGUCAUGUGCUGAUGGCAACAUUUGAACGGCACGCUGAUGGCAGUUUCUGUGUGAAGCCUCUGAAACAAAAACAAGUGGUUGACGGUGUCAGUUACCUCCUACAAGAAAUCUAUGGAAUUGAAAAUAAAUACAACACACAGGACUCUAAGGUGACAGAGGACGAGGUGAGUGACAACAGUGCAGAGUGUGUGGUGUGUUUGUCGGAUGUCCGUGAUACGCUAAUCCUGCCGUGCAGACAUCUGUGCCUAUGUAACACAUGUGCUGACACCCUGCGCUACCAGGCCAGCAACUGCCCUAUCUGCCGGUUGCCAUUCCGAGCUCUCCUACAGAUCCGCGCAAUGAGAAAGAUUCCUGGUCCGCACUCCCCAGUAGGAUUCAGUCCAAUUAUUGCAGCCCCAAACUCGGACUCUGAAGAGCACACGUCGGCAGAGCAUGUCCCUCCCGGGUAUGAGGUUGUUUCUCUCCUGGAAGCGCUCAACGGGCCCCUCACUCCAUCUCCAUCUGCCCUCCCAUUGAGACCACUGGGAGAAAACCCACGGCCUGGAAGGCUUCCUACAUAUGGUACCGAUAUCCAGCUCCCUUCCCUACGCACACACUCACCCCUCCAGCACCUCUGUGGCAGCCAAGCCCUGAAACUGAAAAAAAGUAUUUCCAGGUCCAUUUCCCAAAAUUCCUCAGUGUUGCAGGAGGAUGAGAUGGAGAAAUCAUUUAGUGAGACAGAGAUCCGUACUCCAAGGAAGAAAGCGCCCCAACUUGCCGAGGAAAGCGGCGCAACACCAGAUAGUGAGAAUGUGACCCUGUCUUCGUCAGGCGCUAUCGAUCAGUCAUCCUGCACAGGGACACCUCUGUCAUCUACAAUCACCUCUCCAGAAGACCCCCUGAGCAGUAGCCUGGCACAGUCUGUAAUGUCUAUGGCAUCAUCUCACAGCCAGCAGUCCCAGCUCAGUACAGACACCGUGUCCUCCAUGUCUGGCUCCUACACUGCAGGGGUAAUGGAAGAGGAGGAUGAGGGAGGAAUCACUCCAUCACCUCCCACAGUCCCCAGCGGAUCCCCUUAUGAGGAGGGAGAGCUAUCGCCAGCAGAGUCAGCGGAGGGGCACUUCGUGACGGUCUCUGUGGAUGAGAUGGAUGCCGAGGGGAACAUUACAGAGGAGGAAUUUGCGUCGCAAGAAGAGGUUGAUGGGCAGAGGACUGUCAGAGAGUGUGACAAUAACAAUGCUGCUCGCAUAACGCAGAGGGACACGCUCGACAAUGUGCGGGGCUCUGAGGGCUGCCUGGCCGCUGUUCCGGAUCCCCAGCCGAUUGGUGAUUAGAUGACCUCUACUUCAGGCAGAAAAAGAAGUGUCCAUACCAACUGUCAGCCAGCUGCGUCACCCUACAGGAAGCUGUGGACCUUUCUUCCCAGUUGGGCACACAGGAUGUGUGAGCUCUCUCACUGAAGUAAAACGCGUUACUCUACGGACACCUCUUCCCCCACUGCCAGCGGCUCGCACCAUCGCACUCUCAGGAGACCCCACUGAUUUCCUAUUGGCUCCAGCUAAUACUUCCCUACACUUGCUGCAUCUCAGUCUCUCACAGACGGCUUCAGUGUCAUUUAGGAUCUGGUCAGAGAUGUGUUAGUGUGUGUUACUCAUGUCAAGACGGGUAGCCUGGCAAUGCUGCUAUGUAUUUUCUUGCCUACCCUACCUAUGCUGUAUACUUUUUUUGUGUGAAAUAAGACUGGUAAAGGUGACUGAGUUGGCUCUGCAAACACUACGUCCUGCACAAAAAUGUUGCAUAAUACCAGCAAUAAAGAUUGGCACUCUGUAUAAUGCCCAUGAAGAGACAA